AGGGGCUCCCGGGUAGAAGGGGAGGGGUCAAAGGAGAAACGGGGGAGCUGUCUUCCCUCCUUCCCUUUCCCUCACUCUGCACCCCCUACGCCCCUUUCUCCCUUCUUGGGGUCUCCCCCCCCCUCCCUGUUGCUAAGGCCCGGACCGUCAUCCCAGCAACAGCCUCAGUCAUGUGACCGGCAAUGGCGGCGCUGACGAGAGUUCUGGUCAGCUGAGUGUGGAAAUAGAGGGAUUUCUGCUGCCAUUAUCUUCCAUGGGAUUUCCAGGUCACACAACCUACAAGUAGGGAGCCCAGAAAGAGAGAGCAACCCUGCAUGCCAAUUCUAAGCUCUUCAGGAUCAAAUGUCGUUCGUCCUGUCCAGAAUGGCAGCCUGUGGAGGCACCUGCAAGAACAAAGUGACUGUCUCCAAGCCUGUCUGGGACUUCCUGAGCAAGGAGACCCCAGCCCGGCUGGCUCGGCUACGGGAGGAGCACCGAGUGUCCAUCCUCAUAGAUGGCGAGACGUCUGACAUCUAUGUUCUCCAGCUUUCCCCACAGGGCCCUCCCCCAGCCCCUCCCAAUGGGCUCUACCUGGCCCGGAAGGCUCUCAAGGGGCUGCUGAAAGAGGCAGAGAAAGAGCUGAAGAAAGCUCAGAGGCAGGGGGAGCUCAUGGGCUGCCUGGCUUUGGGGGGUGGUGGGGAGCACCCAGAGCUGCAUCGCCCAGGCCCACCCCCUCUUCGAGCAGCCCCACUAUUGCCUCCAGGGGCACGGGGGCUCCCCCCUCCUCCUCCUCCCCUGCCCCCUCCUCUUCCUCCCCGCCUCCGGGAGGAGGCAGAAGAGCAGGAGAGCACCUGCCCCAUCUGUCUCGGGGAGAUCCAGAAUGCCAAGACAUUGGAGAAGUGCCGGCACUCCUUCUGUGAGGGCUGCAUCACCCGGGCCCUGCAGGUGAAAAAGGCCUGCCCCAUGUGUGGCCGCUUCUAUGGGCAGCUGGUGGGCAACCAGCCCCAGAAUGGGCGGAUGCUGGUUUCCAAGGACGCCACCCUCCUACUGCCCAGCUAUGAGAAGUACGGCACCAUUGUCAUCCAGUAUGUCUUCCCGCCCGGUGUCCAGGGGGCUGAACAUCCAAACCCAGGAGUUCGGUAUCCUGGAACCACACGGGUGGCCUACCUCCCGGACUGCCCUGAGGGCAACAAGGUGCUGACCCUGUUCCGAAAGGCGUUUGACCAGCGUCUCACCUUCACUAUUGGCACGUCCAUGACCACAGGGAGACCGAAUGUCAUCACCUGGAACGACAUCCACCACAAGACCAGCUGCACAGGGGGACCCCAGCUGUUUGGGUACCCGGACCCCACCUACCUGACCCGGGUGCAAGAGGAACUGAGAGCCAAGGGUAUCACAGAUGACUGAAGGACAUCCCCCUUUGCCAAGGUCCUUGCCGUCCUUCUCUAGUAGGACCCAAUGGAAGCCUCUGUUCUCCUCUCUCCCCCUGCCCCCCACAUCACCCCAGUAGGGGACCUGUCUGACUGGGGAGUGAGAUCACAGGGGAAGAGGGCAGUCCCUUCCCACGUCCCUAUUGGCCAAGUGCUUCGGUGCCCUGUGAGCCAUUCCCUUCUGGCAGAGGCUGGUCUCCCGUGUACAUACUCCCAGUUCCCCUGCCCCGCCAUUGCUCUUGGCUUCUCCUGGUAUGUGCUGUGCUCCAGUGACUAAGCUGAGAAAGGACCUGGGGGAGGGGGGGGCGGGUCGAGUCACUUGAACCCCAGCCCCCCACUAUACUGCUCCACUUUGGACUGAUGUGAGCCCCGUCCCCCCACGGAGCCAGCUGAGUGUCCAUAAGAAAACAGUUCUCCUACCUUAAUCUUGUCCUUUCUCUCCUGUGUCUCUGUCUCUGUCAAGUCUGUCUUUAUCUCGCUCUUCUCUGCCCCCUAUAAGGAGCCUCCUUACCCUGUUCUGGAAUCGACGCCAGACUGUAGCUUUUAAUUUAAUAAAAAUAAAGUAAAAUAUGCAACUCUUUA